AUGCAUUCCUACCACAACCCCGUGAGUUCCUCUCUCUCUCUCUCUUCCCUUUCUUCCCUUUCUUCAACUUGUUCUCUCUUUUCAGGGAGUCCCGACCGCUCUCUCGAUCUUCGAGCCCCUUCAGGAUGGUUCGACCGUAUCCGUGCACGGACACGUCCGUCAUGGCCACCACAAGAACUUCGCCGUCGAGCUGCUCAGCGGACCGAACAUUGUGCUCCACGUGAACUUCCGCUUCCACCACGAGCACAUUGUCGCCAUGAACUCGCAGUUCAACGGCGCCUGGGGACCGGAGCUCCGGCACAAGAACCCGCUCCACCACUCGGAGCACUUCCAUCUGACGAUCCGAGUGCACGCCACGCACUACCACGUCAGUCCCUUUUGAUACUUCUCCCCCUCAUCUGAAUGUUUCAGAUCGCCGUCAACGGCCACCACCUCGCCGAUUACCCGCACCGUUUCCCGUACAACGCCGUUCAGGCAAUUGGGCUCAAGGGAGACGUGCACGUGGACAAGGUCCACUUCGAGGGCUUCCACUUCCAGCGCCGUUGGGACGGACACAUCGACCACGGACAUUCCGGAUACCACGCUUACGGAACCGAGACCUACGUGGCUCCCGUCUUCUCGCAGCCAAACUACAAUCCGUACAGAUAA